AUGUUAACUUACGAAACUUAGCGCAUUCUCAAGAACCUGCUUGUAGAAAUAGGACAUGGAGAGUAGAAAAUAGAGUAGAUUAGACAGAAACUGGCAACUUUUACUGACUUUGAGCCUUAUGUGGCUUUCUAGAGAAUAGAUAGGAAUAGAAAUGACUACAUCAUUGCCGAAGAGAUUUAAGAUUUUCUCAAAGAUAACAAAAUCUACAGCCCUACACCUGAGGAAUGCUAGUUUAUUGUUAAAUUCUUUGACUCAGAUGAAGACUCCAGACUUUCUUUCUCAGACUUUUUACAAAUGUUGGUACCUUGUGACAAUAAUUUCCUCAGAUGCUAAGUUACGCAAAGAGAUACUUACAAAGUAGAAAAAUUCCACUAUUUACCUAUACAUCUAGAACAAGAACUGUCAAACCUUGUUUAUACAAGAUGCGAGGAGUUGAGAGUAGAUCUGGCUAGGAGACAUGAUUUUUCAACUUAUGCAUGUUUUAGAGCUGUUGAUGAUCGCAAUGAAGGUGAUAUUAAUCCUGAUAACAUAAGGUCAUUUAUCAAGAAUAAUGGCUACUAUCCCUCAGAAGAUGAAGUGAUUGCAAUAGUUAGAAGAUUGGAUGUUGACGCAGACUGUAAGAUAAACUAUGCUGAGUUUUGCGAAGCCAUAAAAACUAAUGAGUUUCCUAAACCUCAGUCAAGUCACAGACCACAAAACUCAAUUGAUCAGAGACUAAAUACUAGCUAGAAUGCUAAUGACAGAUCGUUUGGUUCACCUUUAGUUCAAAACCCCAAUCACUUAAGCUCAAAAGCAUAAGAGGAAUAACUCAGAUAGACUACCAAUAAUCAAAACAACGGCAGUAACAGUCAUAGAGGAGGAAAUGAAAGAUUAGAGUCAAGUCAAUAAAACAAUUAGCCCAAGCAUGAAGAAAGCAAAUAUGGGAAUGGAUAUGAAUAUUAGAAUAGAGACCCAGGUAGUUCAGCUAAAAUUGGAGAUCACUUAUCUCAAUUCCAAUAUCAUUCACCCCCUAAAAAUAACAAUGAGUCUUCUUAUAAAAAGAGUUCGCCUUUAAGACCUGCUGAUGAGUAGGAGCUAUUGAAAGCAUUUAAACAAUAGCUAAUCAUUGACAGAGAACUCGAACAUGCUAAAUUAGAUCUUAUGAACACUUGCCCAGACUUCAACUUGUAUGACGCAUUUAGAUAUAUAGAUCUAGAUGCUAGAAGCUUUAUUGAUGCUUAUGACAUCCUCAAGGCUUUCAGAGACUAGAACAACCUUGAUUUACCUCAGGUAACAGAUGAUGAAGUAGAGUUGAUUAUUGCUAGAUAUGACAAAGAUAGGGAUAGGAAAAUAAGAUUCUCAGAAUUUACAUCUGCUUUUUCCCCCACUGAUGCAUACCAAGCAGAUAGAUUAUCUUCAAGAAAAGGUACAGGACUUGGCUUAUCUGAUAAGACAUUCUUGAUGUAUAGAGGUUUAUGGUUAAAUCAUAUCAAAGUGGAAUAGUAGGCAGAGAUGAUUAGACAAAAGUUGAUCAGUAGACCUGGCUUCUCUCUUUUCGAUGCAUUCAAAGCAGUUGAUGAAAAUAAUGAUGGAAAGAUUACUAAGGAUGAAUUGCAUAGAGUCAUUGAGAAAAGUGGUUUCAAUGUUACAAUUGAUGAAAUUAACACUUUAAUGGACAGAUACGAUAAAGAUGGAGACGGAGCCAUUAGCUAUACAGAAUUUUCAGAUGAAAUUAGACCACACUCACCUUAUAAAAGAUCUUGA